AUGAGCGUGCCAGCUACCUACGUGACGGGGGUAGAUGCCAAUAUCACGAACGUCCAUGGCCGUCAUGCGGUGCCAGACAAGAAUCUGCUGGCCCCACAGCCCGUGCGACCUACGCACGGACCUGAAUCGCCCAAGGAUAAGGCCGACAAAGCUACUAAGCACGCUAUGGCCAACCUAAGUGAAGAGGAAAAGCGGAUGUUGGAAGAACGUAUGAAUGUCAAAUACAGGGCGCGUACAUCGAUUCUAGACUUUUCUUUGGCUCAUGAGAACCAAUUCCGUGGCUUCUUUAUGUUGUUCUGGAUUUGCUUGGGUGCGAAAGUGUUGGACAAUUUUAUGGUCUCUUUCACGCGCGACGGCAAGAUCCUAAGUCUUUCCCUAGCCUCUCUUAUGACGCGUGACCUGCUUACUCUGGGUCUGAGUGACUUGGUGUUGGUAGGACAAACGUUAUUUUGCGUCCCGCUCGUGUACCUCUUGUAUCGUUCAGGCAUGAAGAUGAACCCCAUUGUAAUUAUGAUUCAGUUCGUAUGGUAUGUGACCAUCCUUGUCUGUGUGUGUGUGUGGGUUCGCAUCCGGGAAUGGCCCUGGACGCAAUCAGGCUUUUUUCUGCUACAUGCUAUGGUCCAGAUUAUGAAAAUCCACAGUUAUAUGGAUGUGAAUGUUCCUAUGCAGAACGUUUAUGUGGAUCUUAAGAAGCAGGAAAAGAGCUUAGCUCAAAAAGUUUUGGAUGUGGAAGGCCCUCUGGCUCACACAGAAGAUCUAGAAGUGGCUUGGAACAUGGCAUUGGAACACACGGCGAAGAAGCUAAACAUAAGCACAAGUACGGACGUGAAUGGCCAAAAGGAUCCCUUCUUCAAGUGGGGGAGCCUUUCUAUGCAGACAGGCCCUUCAAAAACACGCUCGCAGAUCUGGCGUCGCCGUAUUCAUGCAGAGAUCCCGCGUAGUAGGUCUCCGAUCCCACUGCAUCGUCAUCAAGUCCGUGCGUUGGAAGAGUCGGACAACUACACGUCAAAAAGCCCACAAGAUUUCUCCUUUGCGAAGGAAGAACUACGUGACACUCACCCACUAAUGUGGCAUCCUCAUCCCGAUGUCGCAAACUCAGCUCACCAAAUCGCACGUCUGCGUGAAGAACUCUACGGAGAGCCCAUUCCUGAAGACCAAGUGGGUCCCAUGUGGCCCAACAACAUUUCGUUCUCGGACUUUGUCUUUUUCCAACUGGUUCCUUCAUUGGUCUACAAGCUGCAGUACCCCCGUACAAUGAGCAUUCGUUGGUGGUUUGUAGCCGAGCGUUGCAUUGCAUUUGCUGGUAUUUUUUUGGUGGUGUACACCACCAUCGUGACCAACAUUAUGCCGAUCGUGGCAGAUGAUUCGCUCUCGCUCGUUUCUGUCUUCCUGAAACUGAUGGCACCCAUGAUUGCAUGUUACCUGCUCAUCUUUUACCUCAUGUUUGAAUGUGUAUGUCAAGCCUUUGCCGAGGUUACACGCUUUGCCGAUCGAGAAUUCUACCGCGACUGGUGGAACUCGACGAACAUGGCCGAGUUUGCGCGCGAUUGGAAUAGACCAGUGCAUCACUUCUUGCUGCAGCACGUCUAUGUGUCGCUUAUUUUCAAGGCAGGCAUGUCAAAAAACAUGGCCUCCAUUUUGACGUUUUUGCUCAGCUCUAUUCUCCAUGAGCUCGUUAUGAUUAUUGUCAGUGGGAAGAUACGUGGCUAUCUCUUUAUGAUGCAAAUGAGCCAGUAUCCACUGAUUAUGAUUGGACGUACACAGUUCAUUCGCAGCCGCCCAGCCUUUGGCAACUUCCUAUUUUGGUUUGGCAUGAUCAUUGGUUUCCCCAUGCUCAAUAUUUUGUACCUCAAGUUUUAA